AAUACUUACAAAUAUUCUCAAUAACAUCGCCUAUUUUCUAAUUUCAUUGAAAUAUUGAAAAAACAAUGGAAGUAUUUUGUAGAGGAUGCUUAAUUCAGUAUAAUGAUCCGUCAGAAUUAAUACAGUACUCAGAAAAGAAUAGAAGAUUAUUUAUUUAUUGUACUGGUAUACAGGUUAAAGUAAAUGACAGUUUUACAUUCCAAUUAUGCAAAGAAUGCUACCUCAAUAUGCAAGUUAGUUGUAAAUUUAAGAAAUUAUGUCAUAAAUCUGAUAAGAGAAUAAAAAAUUACUUGUCUUCAAAAGAUUCAGGUGAAAAUAUUGAUUUGCCUACUUAUCUCAAGACAGACGAUGACUCAAUAACUUUCAGGCUUCCAUUACUCGGGAAUAGUACACCAGGCAAUAAUAAUAUUAAAGAUGAAGACAAUGACUCAACAUGUACAAGUAUACAAAACUUUAUCAACGACAUUAUGGCGUCGGAAGAGAUACCAGCCACGGAAGCUCGCAUUAUACGGGAAGUGAUUGAAGAAGAGGCGGAUGUUCUGGAUGACUCUUUGGACUCACAUUGGCUACAAGAUGAUGUAUCUAUUGACAAUAGCUGCAAACUAGAUUUCAGUUUCAGUCCAUUUGUAACACCUCUGUAUGCCAACGAAGAUAGUCCAAAGAAAUUUGAAGAAGAAAUUGCCAAAAAAGUGACUGAAGAUGUUGCUACAUUUAAAAUACCAGCAGAUAUCAGUAUUAAGAUAGAACCUAAUUUAGAAGAAUGUAAUGCAAUGGAAACGAAAUGUACAAUAGAUCAAAAUCUAGAAAAAGCCUUGCUAAAUGAGAAUAAUGAAAAUGUUUUCUUAGAAGAUCUUCUCGUUACACCUCCAUUACAAUCGAAUACAUCUGGACCACCAACACCAAUGAUAAAUAACAUACUAUUUGGUGAAAAAUUCGAAAGUGACAGUGAAAAUUCUUUAAUGAAUAAAAUAGGAAAAUGUAUUGAAGAUUUUCAACCUGUACAAUCAGAUAGUGUAUUAGAAGAUAUUUUAGCUGAAACUGUUAAAGAGUUUAACAUAAACCAAGAUUUAGAUAGUGAUAUUGAAAUGAAGACUGAUAUAUUAAAAGAAAAAAAUACUUAUAAAAACAAAGGAAAUAGAAAAGAAAUAUGCAAAAGUAAUGUGAAAACAAAACAGAUUGUAUCAAAGUGUUCACCAGAUGAAAAUAAAUAUAAUAUAACUAAUUUCUAUUGUAAAAUGUGUAACAAACAGUUUAAGAAUCUUGCCGCAUUGAAAGUGCAUUGCGGAAGAAAACAUAAGUUAAGAUUGAGUAACAACAAUCCCGAACACCAUAAGUUAGGAAAACCUCGAAUUUGUGAUUAUUGUGGAAAAGUGUAUCGUCGUUUGCCUCAAUUUAUAAAGCACAUUAAAAGCCACUCUAAAACCACAAUCUUACGUCCAUACGUAUGCCUAAUUUGUUCACUGAAAUUCACUUCAGAGGCUAAACUUAAUAUGCACCAGAACACUCACAAAACGAAGCCUGCAGACAAGAAUCAUAAGAAAUAUGUAUGCACAAUAUGCGGAGCGGGGAGUUCAUCUGCUACUAACUUGAAAACACACCUCAGACGACAUUCUAAGAACUACACUUUGCACUGUGAGGAGUGCGGCAUGGGUUUCUACAGGAAGACAGACCUGACCACACAUUACAGGCACCAUACAGGCGAAAAACCUUACCCUUGCGAGCACUGCAAUCGUAAAUUCGCACGACGAGACGUACUUAAUAGACAUAUGAAAUGUCACACAGACGAGAAACCAUUCAUGUGCCCAUAUUGUGAUACACGAUACUCCAAAAAGCAUUCUUUGAUAACACAUUUGGAAAAAAGCAAGACUUGUCGGAACACAUUACCUCCAGAAGAGACAGACAAUGAGAACAAUGUCUCUGUGUAUUACGCUCCAGUUGUGGGUACAGAUGUGAUAUUAGAUGAAACUGAUGAGAAAGUAGUAGCAACAAGUGAGGACAUAAUUGAAAAUAAAAAUUAAUUAUUGA